UGUGUGUGUGUCUGACAGUCAAACUUUGGGGCAAACAAACCCACACCACGCCUCUCGUUGUCAUGACUACGGGUACGGUUUCGACGACUAGCUAGCUAGUUUAGUUACGAUACUUAGCUAUUACAUACGAGCCAUCAUUAUUAUCAUAUCGUGGCGUGUGUUCAAGUAUUAUUAUUAAACCCAAUAUGCGAAAAAAUGACUGGCACGCUUCAAGACGAGGAUAAGUUUGGAGCAGUUUUAGUGCAGGUACAGGCUGAUUUGAGACAACUGAGAUGCAGUGUUGAGAAAGUGACUGUCAGUGAGAGGGUCACAACGCGGGACAUUCAAGCCCUGGACAGUGCUAUUCGCAAGACAGAGAGCAGCAUCAAGAAACACGCAGAAGAUUAUCUGAAGACAGUGACGGAGCAGCUGCUGGUUCUUCCAUGCAUCCAGGACAUACACAAAACGACUGUGCAGAUUCCCAAAUGGAAACCUGAUCUGGACAGUUUCCCAAAUGUGCGUCCACAAAGAGAGGACCUCCCAGGGGCUUCACCUGGGGAAAAGCACAAGUCAACGUUAUCCAUGCGAUUGCUUCGUAAUCCUGCUCACCCAAACAACAAAGCCAUUAUGUUCCAGAAAUGUGGGAUAUCUCUCCCUGAUGUCCACAAGAGGAGCAAACAUUUGGUAAAACAUCACAGAAUACUCACUGGCCCUGCUAUGAGACUUAAGGCCUUUGGGCAAAAGGCCCACCUCAACCUGACCAUACCUGAAGAAGGCACAGGGACAGUGCCAGAUUCAAGUUUCCAUCAUAUGUCAAUCCAGCACAAGGCUGCUUCUCUUCAUCCCAGAGAGGAUUCAUAUUAUUCUAAAAUAGGUCUGAUAGGCUCAAAGUCUCAGUGUCAUAAGCAGAUGAAAUGGGAAACAGUAUCUGGAUACACCUGUGAGAAAACAGGAAGCAAAUGCUCACCAUUGCGGACCACCAAGACACCGCCUCCCAUCUCAACCUCAAAGAGCAUGGACCACAGGAGUAUGAUGCAAAGCACCAACGAUCUUAUCCCCCAAAAUCCUGAGAAUAUACCUGUGCCAGUUCCUGUAAGCACCAGCAAAUACCCCUUCACCAUCACAAAUGGAAGGCUCAACCCAAUGGCAGCUGAUUUCUGUCACUUCAGGCAGAGCUUAAGCUUGUGCUGGAGUAGUGUUGUGUUUGCUCUGGAGGCCCUAGAGAAGCUGCUCAGGGACUUUGCUGUGCCUCUAGCCAAAGUGAGUGGGGAACGACUUGUGGAGUUUGCCCAUGGUUGGGACAGCGGUUGGAGAAAAGCUGGACCACGGACCGGCCUCCUCUCGGUGCUUGAAAACUGGGAGGUGGUAUCUGGUCUGGUCUUACGCCCAGGUCAGCGCUACAGGGGAGAAGGAGGCACUGAGGCGGCUGCCACCCACAUCCAGUCCUGCUGGAGGCGCUAUGUAGCCCGGAAAGCCUACCUGCGCCACAGCCGGCGCAAGUGGGCGGCAGAAACCAUCGCCAUCUCAUGGUUGAUGCACACUCGAAAGCGUUGUGUCAGGAAGGCCCUGCAGGCUCGGCGUGUCAGACAGCUGGAGAAUUACCGCUGCAGAGCCCAGAAUCUGGCAGCCAACUGGAAACACAUCCAGUCCUCCAAGAGAACCAUUAUCCACAUCCCUUCAUUAGGAUACUCUCAGAGGCAGCGCCUGAACUUGAGGGGAUUUGACGUCCUCCAGAACAAACAAAUAAACAGGCUGUGUGAUAUAAGAGAUUCAAAUGUGCAGGUGAUCUACAUAUGCCCUCGGCACCUGGGGGAGGACAUCUUGGACUAUUACACCAGCCUCCUGAUGCGAGAUGGGGCCACGGACGGAACUGAAAAGAGAACAACUGGGGAGGCCUCAUCCUGCGUCAGCGCUUUCAUCAUCCUCACGCCUGAGGCUGUAGAUUAUUUCCCGACCCGUAACAUGUGCCUGUCUACACUCCUAAAGUACAGUCCUCACACCCUUAAGCGCAUUAAAAACCUGAUCCAGGGGAAGCAAGCAUAUAUUGUGGGUGGAGUGGCCCAUGUGGAUGACCUGGCCGUGGCUGAUGAGCUGGGAGUGCCAAUCCUGGGGCCGGAACCAGCUGUUGCACAGCUCUACAGCACCAAGUCUGGAGGGCGGAGGAUCUUCACCGGUGCAGAGGUUGAUGUUCCCCCUGGUCAAGCAGACAUCUACUCACUAAACCAGCUUCAUGAAACACUGGCUGAGCUUUUGACUCAAAACUUUGAUGUGCAGCGCUGGCUCUUCAAGAUAGACUCUGAGCACAGCGGCCGCGGUACAGCAUACUGUGAUAUAUGCCAUCUUAGCUGCUACAAGUGGGCCCUGCAGGAAUACCAUCGUCACGGUCCUGAGCUAUGGAACACAAAAUGGAUUCAGGAGUCUGUUCUUCUGAGAUAUUUAGAUGAGAUCCCAGAGUGGCUGGCCCGUCACGCCCGGCCUGCAAAAACCUCCUGCUAUCCCAACUGGGCCCGCUUCCGUAAGACCUUCCUCAGGCAAGGCGGUGUGGUGGAGGCCUACCCCCCUUCAGACAGUGUCACCUGUCUGACAGUCGAUCUGCUACUGGAGCCUGGGGGAGAGGUGACCAUGUUGUCCUGCGGAGACCAGCUCCAUGGCUCUUUUCAACUGGAAGCUAUAGGCUCCACUGUUCCUCAGACCUCUGUACACCCAGAGACCUUGCACUCCAUCUGCCUGCGUGUGGGCCAGGCCUGUCUGCAGCGCCUGAUCGUAGGUUAUGUCUCCGUGGACCUGGCUACCUUUCUGAACCACAACACCAUGGAGCAGAAGGUGUGGGCUAUUAAUGUGGACCUCACAUACAGUGACCAGCUGGCCAUGACCCAGAUGCUUCUGAUGAUGACUGGAGGAACGCUGAAUUGUCGCACCGGCUGUUUAGAAGUGCCCAUGCUAAUCAGAGAGAAAUAUUGUGACCACCAAAUUGCAGCCAAACCUCCUGUGGUGAAUCGUUAUGCAGUUCUCGGGAGCCGCUUGUUUCACUCUAACCUUUCCAUGUUGUACCAUAAUGUGUUCUUUAUGAUGUGUAGGGCUCAUGGCAUAGGAUUCAACAUGAAGAGGAAGGAAGGCACUGUCUUUGCUCUUUACGAUAGCAGUGAACGAUGCAGCAUAGGAAUGAUGACGGUCUCUGAGGAUCUCCAGGGAGCACUUGUGACCUUUGCUCGGAACCUGUCAGUCAUUCAUCAGGAAAUAUCAUCUUCUAAAAUGCAAGAAGAAACCAAUUUCAAGGAGCUGAUCAAGAACAUAAAGGACGUACUGCAGAUGAUUGUUCAGAACAAGCUGCGAGCAGUGAAGGAUAAACCUGCUGCUUAGACGGCUGCUUUAGUGAUAAGCUUGUCUUGCUCUCUCCAAGUUAAGUCAUCGUUUCUUUGCCAACUUAACACUGUGAAUGUGUGAACCCUGGAGAUUCAUCGAUGUCGAGCAAACACAGAUUGCCAAAUAAAUGCCUGAGGAACAUUGUCAGAAUCUGUCAUGGAGCUUUAUAAAAAUGUUAUAUAUACUGAUCCAUACAAACAGUCUGAACAUACUGUCUGUUAAUACUUGAAAACGAUUAUAAUAAACUAUGCACUUGGUAAUACCACUGGGGAAUGAGUAGGCUUUGAUCAAGUAUCCAUUCAGUAACAGCUUAAAAAGCUGUUUAAUUUUCCACUGUACAAUAUUUUGACUUUUUGCCCAGAUAAAUACUACAUUGUUAAGUAUGGGAAUGUUGUUCAGGGACACAAGAUAUGUGGAGAAGUUCCAUAAUAUAUUGACGCAAAACUGGACAGUUGAGAAAGUGAUUGAUGCUGACAAUUUUCAAAUGUCAUCUUUUGUAAGCUGACUGUUUUUACCCCUCAUUUCUUCUGUAACAUGUUUAUAGUCGGGAAAUAGUUUCUGAAAUACAGUAUUGUGUUGAAAAUGCAGUAGAAUGCUAACCAACUAGAGUUUUAGCCUGUUCUAAAGUCGUUGUGAUUUGUAAUUGCUUUCUGGCUAAAUGCUUUAUAUAUAGUAGCACAUAUUCGUCACUAAUUUAAAGAUUACAUGUGACUAUUUUUCAAUAAAGACUUGUGGUAUGACA